CAUUCUAGAGAUUUGUUUACAAGCCAGUUUUUGGAAACAAAAUUUAUUCUUGGUCAUAUAGACAGUUAUAUAGUGAUUUCUCUGAAAUUUUCAAUACGUUCGGUAUAAUGAAUAUUAAAAACUAAAGUUUGAAUUGAGAUAGAUACUAUCGCUAAACUACUAAUCCGCAAAAUGACUGAUGAGGAAAGUAAUGAAGCUCCGUAUGUUGUGGAGAAAGUUUUAGAUCGACGAAUAACAGCCGCAGGAAAGAUCGAGUAUUAUCUCAAGUGGAAGGGUUACACAGACGCGGACAACACCUGGGAACCAGAGGAAAAUCUUGACUGCCCAGAGCUGAUUGCAAAAUACGAAGAAAUACGCAGACAGAAAGAGUUCAAGGAAGCUAAGAAGAAAUCUGCCAAAAAGAAACUGGAAGAAAUCAAUAAACCAAGAGGCUACGACCGUGGUCUCUUGCUUUAUCGGAUUGUGGGAGCUACUGAUUGUGGUGGUGAACUCAUGUUUCUGGUUCAAUGGCAUGGAACAGACGAGAUGGACAUACUGCCGGCUACCGUUGUCAACGAAAAGGACGCACAAAUUGUAAUUGAAUAUUACGAAGCAAAAAGCAAGGUUGUAGAAAAGGCUAAGGAACGAGCUAAAUUUGCUGCAUACGAAGAGGAACGUACCGAGACUAUGGAAGAAUGUCAAGACGCCAUACCCGGAACAGAAAUUCCAACCGCUGAGUUGGAACAGAUGAUAGACGUUUAGAUAAGGAAAUAUAUACUACAUAAAAUAAAUGUAUCUGUAAAAUUAA